UACCAGCUGGACAUCAUAGGGGGCGCUCGAACAGGUGGUGGUGAUGGUCAACUAUCUGGUCAGCGGUGGUCAAGCCAAGGUCAAUUAGACCAUGGUCAUCGAGCUCCGAGACACGCCGGAGAAAUCAAGUUCAGAUCGAAGAAGGUCCAAUGGCUGAUAACUGACCGUGAUCAUCGUCGUGAUCAUCAUCGUACUCGUCGUGCUGUUACCAAUGACGAUUACCGAAUUUGGCCUGAUGGAACCAUCCCAUAUACUAUUGAUGUCGAUUUCGACAAUGAAACCAAAGAUCUACUUUUAAAGAGUAUGAGACAUUGGAUGGAGCACACCUGUCUACAGUUUAUACCAAGGACCAAUCAAAGUCACUAUGUUCGCUUUCUAUUUGGCGUUGGGUGUUGUUCCAGCGUUGGACGCCAGGGUGGGGCACAGAACGUUUCCUUGGGACAUGGCUGUAUGACCUUUGGCACCAUGAUACACGAGAUAGGUCAUGUGAUCGGCUUCUGGCACGAGCAAAGUCGAACUGAUCGAGACGAUUACGUCACAGUAGUCAAAGAUAACAUCAUCGAGAUGGAUAAACAUAACUUCAACAAGUACGGUCAGAAAACAAUCCACUCGUUGGGCCAGCCCUAUGACUAUGACUCCAUCAUGCACUAUGGCCGACAGUCAUUCACUACUAGUCUAGGCACAGAUACCCUUAUACCCAAACAGGACCGGAAGAUCGGCCAAAGAGAAGGUCUUAGCGACGGUGAUAUACUACAGACUAAAAUACUAUACAGAUGUCACAGUAAGCAAGAGUGCGGAGGGACGUUAUACGAUGGGAGGGGGUUUAUAUCCCCAUCCAGCUAUCCUCAUGCUGUGUCACCUAACAUCACAUGUGAUUGGUCAAUCGCUGCCCCUCGAGGCUCCGCCCUCAAGAUACAAUUUCUGGAUAUGGACCUCCCAUCGGAUGAUGACGGAAAAUGCGACGAUUCGUAUGUUGAGGUACGUGAAGGACAAGGCGAGCAAUCGCCGCUGAUUGGUCGAUUCUGUGGUGACGUCAAACCCAAUGUCAUUCUCAACGAUGGGGGCCUCCUUUGGUUGCGCUUUCAAUCUGGUCGCAAAAGGCAUCGUACAUUUUCAGGAUUCGCUGCACGAUACCAAUCGGUGGAAUUUAAGAGACACCUAACGGCGACGCGAGGCAUCAUCAAGAGCAUGAACUACCCCCUCUCCUUCCCCCCCGACACGGACAGCAUGUGGCAGAUCAAAGUCGGGGAGGGGUUCAUCGUUCAACUCCGUCUCAACGAACUCCUGAUACCUCACAUCAAAACCACCGGUUGCCAUGGUGAUUAUUUGAAGCUAAUCGACGGGGCAGACAGCGGAUCGAAACUCAUCACGAAGCUCUGUCGGUCUCAGAAGAAAGUGGGCGUGGUGUCAUCCGGCCCCUCCCUACGGAUUGAGCUACACUCGGUUGGAAUGGCGAAGAAGUUCCACGGUGACAUAACCAGGUUCUUGGCCAAGUACCUUGCCAGAGAUUUGAACGAAUGCCGUAAGAACAACGGAGGUUGUGAGCAAGCCUGUAUGAAUCUGGUUGGUCACUACGUAUGUGGAUGUAGGCAUGGUUAUAACAUGGCCGACGAUUAUCAUCAUUGUACAGAUAUUGACGAAUGUGCUACUGAAAACGGACGAUGCUCUCAUAAGUGUGUGAACUUGAUAGGCAGCUACCGAUGUGAAUGUCCGACUGGUUUACAGAUCUCAUCCUAUAAUAGCACACACUGUGAAGAUGUGAAUGAAUGUGAUUCCCCUCACCUUGACAUCUGUGAGCAUCACUGCCAUAACACCUAUGGGGAUUUCGCUUGCUCCUGUCAACCAGGGUUCAUCCUGAGCAUGGAUGGGAUGAGCUGUGAAUUGAUACAGGGUUGCGGAGGAUUCAUGCAUGGCGUAGAGGGCGUCAUAACACGACCUUACAUUCCUACCAACAACACUAAUUCUAUUGCCUGUAUCUGGUUCAUUGAUGUAUUGGAUCACCUCAGACUAUCCCUCAGCCUAGACUCACUCGAUUGGUCAAGCAACAGUUCGUGUGCAGACUAUAUCCUAAUACGUGGCGAAGAGGGGCAUUCUGAACAAUAUCCUCGAGUUUGUGGUAAUAACAGCUGGGAACGCACCUACAAUAUGACCUCCAGUAGAGCUUGGGUUCAUUACCACUCCGAAUGGCCGCACGAGGGAACCUUUCUAAUUGAAUAUACUACAAUGACUAUAAGUGAUUCUGAUGACUCCAUACUCAAAUGUGGCGGACCUUUAAAUGAAACUGGAGUCAUCGAGACCCCUGGCUUCCCCAAUAGUUACCCCAGCAAGGUGGAAUGCACAUGGACCAUAUCCAAUGUCAGUACUGUUGCCUUUCAUUACGAGAAGUUUGAUGUCGAAUACGAAUCGAGCUGCCUGUUUGACUACCUUGAGAUCCGUGAUGGUCCUGAAAGCAAUGUCAACUCGACGCAUAUAGGAAGGUUCUGCGGCGCUGAUCCACCACCGAACGAGCUGAAGCUCAACACGGGGGAACUCGGGCUGGUAUUCAGGUCUGACGCCACUGUGCAAGGAAGGGGCUUCCGUGCUGUCUAUGAAGUUCAAUUCAAUUAAAUUCGCAAAUCAGGGGGUGUAUUACAAAUAUUUAAGUGUGAAUGCAUAAAACUUGCACUUAAAGGGAUGAUCCAGGACAAAAAUAUUUAUAUCUAAAUAAAUAGAGUAAAAUUCAUAGUGCAAAAUGCUGAAAAUUUCAUCAAAAUCGGAUAACAAAUAUUUCGUUAUUGAAUUUAAAGUUUAUCAAUAUUUUGUUUAAACAGUUAUAUGUACAUCGUCAUUUAUAUUCAUUAGGUGGGCUGAUGAUGUCACAUCCCCAAUUUCCUUUUUCUUAGGUUAUUACAUGAAAUAAUAAAUGUUCCAUUUUUUCUAACAUGUGUAAAUGAUGUGUCUCCAUUAUGAUGAAAUAAGUUGCGGCAAUAAAUCACUAAUGCACUUAAUCAGUUGUCAAUCAAAUGUUUUUAGUUCUUGGUAAACUUUUUUUGAUAAACCUAAUUUCAUGUAAUAAAUACAAAAGAACAAGUGGGGAUAUGAAGACAUAAAGACAUGCCUUGAACUGUUUCACCGGAAUAAUGGAAAUCUUCAGUAACUUCUUUAUUUGUUAUCCGAUUUUGAUCAAAUUUUCGGCAUUUUGCUUUGUGAAUGUUACUCUAUUUAUUGAAAUAUAAAUAUCCCCAGCCUAGACCAUUCCUUUAAAAUGGGGGUUGCGUGUAGUAUGAAACACAUCACAGCAUUGGCCACAUCAUGGUUAGAUGACGCGCGCCGCUGAUGACAAUAAUUAUAUUGUUAUUUCCUCAGGUCAUCCGACAUGAGUAUUGGAGAAAAUCAUCAGUUUACAUUGACAAUCAGAACAACAAUUUCAGAUUUCAGAUCUUACACUAAUUCAGUAACAAUUGUUAAAUAAAUCAAGGUACUGUUAGAUCAUUCGUCUUUCUGAUUUCGAAACAGAAAAAGCCAAAACGAAAUAUUUAGUGAAAAUUGAUUCUAUUUUCGAAAUUUGAAGCAGAAAAACGGUCAUUUUUCAAUAUUUUCAAUAUAUUUUGACAAAUAGAAUCAAUUUUCACUCAACAUUUCGUUUUUUGCCUUUUCCGUUUCGAAAUCAGAAAAAACGAAUUAUCUAACAGUACCUUGAUUUAAAUAGAUAUAUGAAGAAAGAUGAAAAUAAAAAUCGGUUAAUUAGUGAGAUUGCACUGUAAAUAUCAUGUGCGCGUAGGCACUAAGCAUGACUUUGAUUCACACUUAAAUAUUUGUGAAACACCCCAUGAUAAUAAGUACUAUUUUGUUUCAAUUUUUUUUAUUUAUCGCAAAGGAAAAAGGAAAAUACAUGCAAUUCAAGUUGUAGCCAAUCAAUACCUCAAUAAACGUCCAGUAUAAACUCAGAGUCGACUUUGAAAUAAUAUUGAAAUAAACCCUUGGAAACAUUUUCAUAUGAAAUUGUGAAAAUCAGUCCAUUUGUUUUUACAUCUUGCUUUUCAUUUUUUUAUUUUUAUUAUUUUAUUGUGCUAAUUUAUUGACGCGCUUUUCAAGAAUCUGUAAUUCUACAUGUGGGAAUGUAAUAUUUUAGGAUGUUUUUGUUAUUAGAAAAACCUUAACUAGAAAAAAAAUGUAUUUAGUUAUUAAUCUUUAUAAGCAGUACUUUUUAAGAAACAGCUUUUUUUAUUAGGAUAUGUAAACAAGUGACGAAAUAUGCUUUAAUUACAUUCUAUUUUUUAUAAUAUGCACCAGAGCCGAUACGCUGUGGGCGCUGCAUACAUAUUCCAUCGCAGGGAUAAAAAAUAUCAGUGUCUCGUGUAAUGAAGUCUAUUCUUUUGAUGUAAUUAUUAUAUUUAUAAAUGGUUAUAGUCAAAUAAAUCUGACCUGUAAAUGUAAA